AUGGAUGAUGGAGAGGUGUUUGGGGUGGAAGAGGAAGUGGAGGAUCCGGAGAUUAUUGAGCCACCGAGAGUUCCCCAGCCACAGAUGGCACCUCUACAGAUGCCGCCACCACAGUAUAUGACCCCUUGGAUGAGAGGCCCCGCCUACCAGUUUGUGGUACCUGGGAGCCAAAUGUAUUAUGUGUCACAACCUGGAAAUCCAGAAAGUUCUACACCGGAAGAAGAUGAAGGGAGAUCGAAGAGACAGAUUCCACAAAAUAAUGAGCCAGGACCAUCAACGAGUAAUGCCAGAGAGCCGCCCGAGAUGGAACCAGCUCCAAAGAAAAUGAGGAAAUCAGUGGAGCCAAUUUUUGAGGAAAGAAAAGUUGAGGAUCUGAUCAUAUUAGAGCCUCCAAUUGUGAAUCAACCAUGA